AUGGCAUCUACAAAUCACUACGAAGUUCAUCUUGGGUUCUGGACGAACUGGAGUCAUGGCAAGAUUCAGGGUGCGACUGUGACCCUCACAAGACGAAAUGGAGGGUUCUUGAUCGCUUUUGUAGCCAUCUUUAUCGGCAUGGUGGGAAAGAGUUUCUGGCGUUUAGGAUGCUUCGCCCUGCAUCGUCACUUCUCCUCGGCUGAAGCACAAGACGGCCUUUACCACCAACGGCAAGCCAUAUUGCGCAACUCAGAUACUGCGCAAGAUGGAGCUUGGCGAAUGCUCACGUCGAUGCUGGCUUGGAAAUCGGGUCGCCGAGCACGAAGACCAAUCCUACGACUCCUGCCAAUCAUCGUGGUCGCCUUUACGAUAUCUGCUGCAUUUGGUGUAGCUUCCAUCUUUUCAUCCAAUCUUACAAGCGAGACCCUUAAUCAAGUGCUGCUCAAGGGCACGAGGUGUGGCUCGUAUAGCCUAGGGAAGGCGAACAGUGUUUACAAGCAGCUUACACUGCUAUUGCCAGCUCAAGCCGAGAAGGCAAACAGGUUCCUCAACUACGGAUUGCAAUGCUACACCAACGAAACGCACACGGGCGGCUGCAACCUGUAUAUUAAGCCCAGGCUGCCUCUAGUAUCCACACGCGGCGUGGCUUGUCCCUUUGGUGACAACAUCUGUAAGCUGGAUAACGACAAUCUCGCCAUGGAUACUGGCCUGCUUGAUAGCCUCGAACAUCUCGGCAUCAACACCGCUCCAGGACACCGCUUCCAGUUUCGCAUGGUGUAUACAUGUGCGCCGCUCAAAACACAAGGGUACAUGACAGACUACAACGAUAGUGACUAUGGUGCUGUAAAGCGGUACAUGUACGGCUCUGUCGCAAACGUUCGACAGGUUAACAACUGGACCUACGAAUUACCGGUAGAUAACGCUUAUGUACCGGGCGAUAACUCCAGUAGCAGAAAUAUUCCGCGCCUAGAUUACUCUCUCGGGGUGGAGAGGCACUUUGGGUCACCGAAUACAACGGUAACUCCUGGCCGUAACGGAUGGGCACCUAUAGAUGCUCUCAAACGGGUGGAUGCAGAUGUGCACCUCCUCUUUAUGUCAGCACCCCAACUACAUUACUCGGAACCAGUUGAUGACGCAUGGUUUUCAGCGCACAGGGAUGCCUCUGAACUCAACCAUCAGGAGACUAAAUCUGAGUUUAACGCUUGGCUGCAAGACGAGCCCCUGGGAGCAAUGGCCUGCACCGAACAAAUGCAAUACUGCAACCCUAACCUGCCCGACGGAGAGCGUUGCGAACCACUGCGAGGCAUCACUGACCUGCGAGCAACGGCCCGUGUCAAGAAGAUCUUUACAACAGAUGACCACUUUGCGGUAAUAAAUUGGGUAGACAACAUCUGGACGCCCAGCAUGUACACAAUCUCGGCAACUGUAGGAUUCAUAGGGGCUUCUGCCCUUCGUGCCCGUAACGGCCUUUCCUACGGAUACUCCGGUCCUUUGCCUGACAACCAGUGGCAACUCGAGGCCGAACAUUGGAUCAAAGGCGGCUUAGCCUCCCUCCAAGAUGUCUUUGUCGAGGCGGCCAACGGAAUCCCUGCAGAGCUCGAGGACUUCCGGCAACCGCCACUUGCAAACGAGACAAUCGCACAAAACAUUUGUGUGAACCAGAAGAUUGUCAGCAACAGCUACUCUUCAUUCAAUGUGUUGGGUCUUUCUUUAAUCCUCAUCCUGGGGGUGAUUAUCAUCGUACUGGAUAUGGGUCUCGAGCCUACAAUCGCAUGGUGGCAGCGCCGCAAGUACAGAAAAAACCAGUUGCGCGAUGAAAGCUACCCCAAUGAGAAGGUCUCGCAUCCCCUUUACGGCGCAUUCGAGUGGUCUCAAACAAACAUUCUGCAACUUCAACGCCUUGCGCAAGAGGAGGCUGGAUUUGGAGAGUGGACGGGCUGUGAUAGAGAUGUCCCUGUUACUGAACCUGGUCAACUCUUAGCUGGGCUGGACUUGCGCAAACUUACACAUCCGCAACUGAAGAUGAAACAAUCGACGCCCAGGUCAGAGUGGGAGGGGAAUGUGAUUUCGUCCAAACCCUGGGGUAUUGGGAGGACUGAAACUGGACUGGACACUUUGGUCGAGGAGGCUGCGGCAGAGAAGGGGGGAAAGAAGGCCGAGGAAGCGAUGGAAGUAAGUCCAGUCGUUAUUGAACACGUUGUUGAAGAACUCAAUGAAAGGAGAGGGCUAGGCGUGCAAUUACAGGACCGCCCGACAGAGGAGCAGCGAGGCCAGGACUGGAGGGUACUCAGAUGA